AUGGCAUGGGCAUCUCGACCUCGACGGAAUAGCAUGUCUUCUAUGGGAUCUGGAUCUGGUCUGCUCUCGUUGGACAGUCGGCCAAAUAGUGCUUACGGUGCUGCGAGAGUUGGGUCGUUGGCUGGGAGCAGGAGUGGCGGGAAGAGUUUAGUGAUGGAGAAGUACUCCCUCGGUCCCUCACCUGAAGAAUGGGGCCUUCCUCUGUACAUCCAAGAGACUGAUGAUGCACUGCACGAUCCCCGAACUCUGGAUGAUUCCAGAGGGCACGUCUUUACGUGGCGCGGAUUCACUAACCUGGGGUGCUUGGUUCUUCUGGGAGUCGGUUGCGUGGCAUUAUUCGCUGCCUACCCCAUGGUCAGCAGCUUCAUGGAGCGGAGACUGACGACGCAAGGAGGAUUCAACCUGGGUGGGAUCAACGCGACGGGCCAGCUGCCUGACCUCCCCGGGAACUUCCAAAUGAUCGACCGUGACACGCCGCGGGAGGCCUACACGAAGCCUUCGUAUCGUAACCCGGCGGAGGAGAUGGUUCUAGUGUUCUCGGAUGAGUUUAACAUGGACGGACGGACGUUUUAUCCUGGUGACGAUCCGUUCUGGGAGGCUGUCGACCUUCAUUACUGGGGAACGAACGAUCUUGAGUGGUACGACCCUGUGCAAGCCACAACAGAAGGCGGGUCCUUGAGACUGAAGAUCGAACGAGCCAACCCGGAGGACAACCACAACAUGAACUAUCGAUCGGGAAUGAUUCAAUCAUGGAACAAGUUCUGCUUCACCGGCGGUAUAUUGGAAGCAUCUGUCCAACUCCCGGGAUCGUCGAUAGUCAGUGGUCUCUGGCCUGCUGUCUGGGCAAUGGGCAACCUAGGUCGCGCUGGAUAUGGUGGCAGCCUCGAAGGAAUGUGGCCAUAUUCGUACGACACCUGCGACAUUGGCACCCUUAUCAAUCAGACGAACCCCGACGGAAGUAAAACCCCCAUCGCGGCGUGGACCAACGGAGACCCGAAGUUCGACGGACAGCUGUCUAUGCUCCCCGGUCAGAAGCUCUCUGCGUGCACUUGUGCGGGCGAGGACCAUCCAGGACCGAAGAGACCAGACGGGACGUUCGUCGGCCGUGCUGCUCCUGAGAUCGAUGUCAUCGAGGCCAUCGUCGACAACGAAGAGGGUUUUGUGUCCUUGUCAGCUCAGUGGGCUCCUUACAAUGCACGCUACAUCCCCCUCAACGAUUCGGAGCAUUUCAUCAUCCACAACGAGGACACGAUCCAGAACUCCUUCAUUGGCGGUGGCUUCCAGCAAACAACGAGCGGUCUCGCACGCACGAACCAGAACUGCUACGAGCUCGGGACGGGUUGUUAUGCCGUGUACGCCUUCGAGUACAAGCCCGGGUUCGACGAGGGCUACAUCACCUGGGUGAACGACAACAAGCUCUCGUGGACGCAGCUCGGGACGAGCAUGGAGGCGGACCCUGUUGCGGAUAUUGGGAGACGGGUGGUCUCGCAGGAGCCGAUGUAUAUCAUUGCUAACCUGGGCCUCUCGUUGGGCUUCGGCACCGUCGAUUUUGAGCGCCUCAUCUUCCCGGCAGUCAUGAGCGUCGACUAUAUCCGGGUGUACCAGCCUGCAGGACAGAUCAACGUUGGCUGCGAUCCGAAGGACUUCCCUACUGCAGCAUAUAUCGAGAAACACAAGAAGGCUUAUACGAACGCGAACCUCACGAGAUGGGAGACGGAGGUCAAGGAGCCAUGGCCGAAGAACAGGCUUGUUGACCAGUGCUAG